AGGAAGCGUUGUCGGUCGCGCGUGUCACGUGCACUUGCUUUGUGAGCACGUGACCGAUGCUAAGCCCUGACGUGGAACUCGGACACACACAGCUGAGGAAUAUCAUAGGAGCAUCCAUGGGCACCAGUUGCUGGAGGAGAACGCUUCUCCUUGCAUGCAGUUUUUACGCCGCAGCAUAUGCAAACUCGUUUCUAGAGGAAGGUCUGGUACGCAAAGACCAGGUCAAGAAUGUGCUCGAGCACGAGCCAGUACGGGGCGAACCUGUCUGCCACCACACGAUGACAGGCCCCAUAGAGACCACAAUGUGCGAUUACGAAACCAUCGAGAGUGUCAAUGAAGAAUUAUAUACCAAUCUUCAUGACCUUGUGCAGACUCCUUUUUUUCGCUAUUUCCAGGUUGACCUUUACAGGGAGUGUCCCUUCUGGCAGGAGAAUGGCUUCUGCAUGAACCGCGAAUGUGGGAUCACAACUGUAGACGAGAGUAAAAUACCGGAAAAGUGGAGAGCUGCAGCACUGAGCAAAAUUGACCUGCCACCACCCGACCAGCGAAUACAGCUACCAGGCUGCUACUAUAGGGACUCUGACUUUUGCUUCUUAGACGACCUGACGGAGGGUGAAUAUUUUGACUUGGCUACCAUUCCGGAGCGCUACACAGGAUACUCGGGGCCCUCUGCACACCGUGUUUGGAGGGCCAUUUACGAAGAGAAUUGCUUCGGCCUCUCUGAGUUGAAUCUCCUCGCCGGAAGAUCCCCGGCACCCGUCACUCUCCCUGAUACCCUUACUGACGUUUUACGAAAACCCGUUAAUGGAGACAACACUGCGGAGGAGUGCUUGGAAAAGAGGGUUUACUACAAGAUCAUUUCUGGUCUGCACGCGUCAAUAUCGACCCAUAUUUGUGCGGAGUAUCUCAACCAGUCAACUGGAGAAUGGGGCCCGAGCCUUCAGUGUUUCGUCAAUCGCGUGGCUUCACAUCCGGAGCGGCUGCAAUAUAUCUACUUCGAUGCAGUACUUCUCCUUCGUGCGAUCGCUCGCGUAGCACCAUACCUUUCUGCGUACGACUACUGCGCCACAUCCUCCGUCAUACCCCACGACCACCCACACGAGUCAGAUUUAAUGGACGAAGUUAGAACUCUAGUCAGACUUGAAAACGUACUGCAGAUAGCCAAACGCGUCGGAAAAUUUGACGAAAACGUGCUAUUCCGGGGAGAGAACGCGAAUGUUUUGAAGGAGGAGUUCAAGGACCAUUUCCGGAAUGUGUCGCGCAUCAUGGACUGUGUUGGAUGUGACAAGUGCCGCCUUUGGGGCAAAGUUCAGACCACUGGCUUGGCCACAGCUCUUAAAAUACUGUUCGAGAUAGAUGAAAAGGCUCUAGACCCCCGCAAUAAUCAAAACCUGCUACAGCGUUCAGAGGUCGUUGCAUUGGUCAACACACUUCACCGGUUCAGCGAGAGUCUCCAUUUGGUGGAACAAUUCCGAGAUAUGUGGAAAAGCGUGGGGCAACGUGAUUCGGAACGACUUAUCCACGAAGCAGAGGAGGCUGUCGAAGGCUACCCACGGAAAACACCCAGCGUCAAGCCCCCAGUCUCUAGCGGACCAAAACUGGAGCAACUACACGAUAUCACCGAUGCUAACGAUGACUGGGUCGCGAGACUCCAAGCACGCUCGUUUCAGUUCGUUCAAGGCUGCAAGCAGCAUGGACUUGAUUGUAUCGGCCAGCUGUCGGGUUUCUGGCAAUAUUUCUAUCACGCAAUCCUUCCAGAAACACGAACUGAACUCUGAUACCAAGCAUUUUAGAAUGGACGUUUGGAUAUACUCACUAGUAAUCGAAUCAUUAUGCUUUGAUGGCGCGCCACUAGCCUAUCAGACGAAUCAGAGUGGUAUCGCGGCGGUGGUACGUGUGAUGGCGUUCCUUGCAUCGUCAAUGAUCAAUAUAAUUCGCAUUCGGAAGAUCGAUAGUUCUGCGGGCUUACGCGGCCACUCGUCGAUAGAUGCGGUUUUGCACGUCGUAAAUGCGAUUCCAUCGCAGUCGUCGGUUUUCUAUGCCUCAGAGAAAAAAACGCCCAGCUGUCCACGAUGUCACACUGCCUCGCACUCUGAUGUCGAAUACUGGCUACCUUUCCUAAUGAAGCCAAGUGAAUAGUUGCCCACAGACGAGGGUGGCCUGGAAGGUACAUCUUUCUUAGCACAAACAGAG